GGGCAGCCCUAGCUGCUGGUCCUGUACCUCUAUGGUCUCACCUAGAGCUUCGCUAUUUUGGGGCAGUGGCCGCAGUCGUGUUGGUAGCAGGCCCCAAGUGACAGCAGCAUGGGAGAACUCGACUCUGAAGACUUCUCCACGUCGGAUGAGGAUGAGGACUACGUGUCAUCGGGUGGCGAGUACAGUGAAGAUGAUGUCAAUGAAUCGGUGAAGGAAGAUGAAGUGGAUGGUGAAGAGCGGGCUGAGAAAACCAAAGGGAAAAGAAGGAAGGCUCAGAGCAUUCCAGCCAGGAAGAGAAAACAAAGUGGCCUCUCGUUAGACGAAGAGGACGACGGCAGGGAAGACUCUGGAGGUGGCAGUAGUGAAGAAGAUGAAGAGGAGCAAGAAGGAGGCCUCGGGUCAGAGAAUGCAAGGAAGAAGAAGGACGAUGAACUGUGGGCCAGCCUCCUUAAUGAUGUAGGACCAAAGUCAAAAGCAGCCCCAAGUUCACAAGUCAAGGUAGCAGCGGAGACUGAAGGGACUAGUUCAAGUGAACCAUUGGUGAAAGCAGGUGAACUAGAGAAACCUAAAGAAUCAGAAAAGGUGACGAUUACCACGGUGUUUGACUUUGCUGGCAAAGAGGUAAGGGUGACUAAGGAAGUAGAUGCCACAUCUAAGGAAGCCAAGUCUCUCCUCAAGCAAACAGAGAAAGAAAAACCACAGGCUCUUGUCACUUCAGCAGAGACACCACUCCCUGCUGGGUCAGGGAUAAAAAGAACAAGUGGGAUGAGCAGCCUUUUAGGAAAAAUUGGAGCCAAGAAACAGAAAAUGAGCACCCUUGAGAAAUCCAAAUUGGACUGGGAGAGCUUCAAGGAAGAAGAAGGGAUUGGUGAAGAGCUGGCCAUCCAUAACCGAGGGAAAGAAGGGUACAUCGAACGGAAAGCUUUUCUGGAGCGCAUGGACCACAGGCAGUUUGAAAUUGAGCGAGAUCUCAGGCUGAGCCAAAUGAAACCUUGACGUUCUGGGGAGAAUUCGUAGCAGCUUAAUUCUGUUAACAACGUGAGCUCUUCCGUGUGUCUGUGAAAUCUCCAGUGAUCUUCGUCGUGUUUCCAGCAAGUCCAUUUUUCUACAUUGCAGUUUGGUUAAUGUAUCUUAAUCUCACCUGGUUUCAUUUUACUUUUUAAAAUUUGUUUUUAAAUAAACAAAUAGAAGCCCUCUGUGA